GUCACAGUAAGAUUGUGUUUUGUCAUGCGAAUCCAAAUUAAGUGCGAUGACAAUCCUUUGAGCAAUGCCAUUCACUGAUCGAUUCGUAUCCAAUCAGAGAGCAGAACUCUUUGAUUGGCACCUGAAUUAUCCAAUCGAAGCUCCGUUCUCUGGAGGUAUGGUGGGGUUUAACAACUGCGAUUCCUGUGGGGGCUCUGGUUUCACAGAGCUGUUAUGUGUGGAAAGGAACGAAAACUUUUAAAACAGUUUAUUUUUGUUGUGUUGUAUUGGGGAAAACUGUUCAUUCAGCUUAAACGAUUUGUUGUCUUUUAGGUGAGAUGGACGUUAGAACCAACCCACCACCUUCUCCUGAGACUCUCAAGGAGGAUAAUGCAACCCACGAACGUCUCAACCCUCCUGUUCCAUCAACUAAAUCCACUCCAGGCACUGAGACGGCAGGUCCCCCUAAUUCCAGUUCUGGUAGCCCAGCCCAACCACCUAAAUCUCCCACUUCUUCAACUCCAGAUAUUAAAUUAAAACAAGCUAAUGUUAAAACCUCAAACUUUCCAGCCGCAGAAAAAACAGCAACACCGAAACCUACCGCUACAUCAUCGCAUAUCUCUAAAACUACUCCAUCCAUGCCAGCAACAUCGUCAUCAUUAUCAAAAUCAACACCGUUAACAUUAUCUUCUCCCAGUGACCCAUCCACACCCAGCAUCACCAUUUCUGCUGAUCCUACACAAUCUACAACUCCCGAAGGCUCUCUGUCCUCCACCAAAACACCUGCAGCAGGUUCCAGUAAACUCCCACGUCAACGGAGCUUUUUGGCUGCAGCCCAAAAGGUGAUGAUGCAGGAGAAAAUAAGAAAGGCAGAGGAACAGGCCAAAGAUGAAGAAUGUGAUGAUAUGGAUGAAGAUCUGCCUUUUGAGGAGAUCCUGGAGAAAGCUGAAGCUGGAGACCCUAGAGCACAGAGUAGACUUGGUAAACACUACCUUAAACUGGCAGAAGAAAAAGACACCGAGACAAAUAACCGUAUGGCUGUUGACUGGUUUUUGAAGGCAGCAAAACAAGGUCGGAGGGAUGCAGCCAAACUACUACAGAAAUGCUGGAUCCAAAAGAAAGGCAUUACACCAGAGAAUGCACAGGAAGUGAGAAGGCUGUCCUCAGAGACUAAGUUUGAACAGGCAGUGAGGAGAGCAGCCAUGUCGAUGUAUUGGAAACUCAAUCCUGACAGAAAGAAGAAAGUAGCCAUGUCUGAGAUGCUGGAGAAUGUCAGCCAGGUCAAUACUGUACCAGGUGAACCUGCUGUAUGCGGUGUUACACCCAGCAUUCACACUCAGAGGAAAAUCCUGGAGACCAUGGUGUCUAAUGAAUCUGGCUCUCAGUAUGUGGAUGUGGAGGAUUUUGUGGAGAUGACGAAAAAGUUCACAGAAGGCAUUGCGUGCACUCCCACACAGAGAACCUCAGGCGCAGAUGCAAAAAGAGAGGAUGAGACAUUAAGGAAAAGUGAUGUAGCCACAUUUGAAAAGGAAAAAAAUGAAUUGGCCCCUGUCACUCAUAAGCGUCAUCGAAAGUCCAGCUGGGGAAUGACAAGCAGUGGGAUGAUAUUGGCUACCAGACGCAGUGGUGCGAUGAAGAGAGCCCUGGACAUAAAAGCCCACUUCUUGGGUCUGCAGUAUCCUCUCCAUGCGAUUAUUGAGAUGAAGGAACUUUUAGUUGACUGGGCAUCUCGUGCUGGCGUCCAGUGGUUGAGCACCAUCAUCCCGACGCAACACGUCAAUGCCCUUAUCUUCUUCUUCAUCAUCUCCAAUCUCACCAUUGAUCUGUUUGCAUUUGUCAUCCCACUUGUUAUCUUCUACCUCUCCUUCAUCUCCAUGGCCAUCUGCACACUGAGAGUCUUCAAGAGCAGCAAAGGAUUUGAGAACUUCAGUGCCUUAACUGCCCUCCUCACACGCUUCGAGCCGAGCCUGGACGUGGAGCAAGCGGAGUCCAACUUUGGCUGGAACAACCUGGAGCAGUACCUCUACUUCAUGAUAUCUGUGUUCUUUAUGAUCUUCACCUUCCCAAUAGCGAAUAAAGGCUGGAUCCCAUGCUCUGAGCUUUCCACAGUGGCUAUCUUCUUUACGGUGCUGAGCUACAUGAGCCUGAGCCCAUCUGCGGCAGCUUAUGCGCGAAAGGCACUCAUCAUCGAGGUGGCUUCAUCUUUGUGUGCCUUGACCAGUAGGUUGCCGAAGGAAAUGGUGAUGGCCAGGAUGCUGGGACAAAUUUUCACAACCAUCCCUCUUGGAGAAUCACUGGUGCUAGAGCUCAGUGUACCCUGUGUGCUCUACAUUUACCUUUUCUACUUGUUCUUCAGUAUGGCACGCAUGAGGGGAUUCAGAGGGACGUACUGCUUCCUGGUGCCGUACCUGGUCUGUUUCGUGUGGUGCGAAUUCUCUGUGGUCCUGCUGCGGAACUCCACCACCAUUGGCCUUAUCCGCACUUGUGUCGCCUACUUCCUCUUCCUGUUUGCCUUACCCGUCUUGGCUAUGGGUCUGAUGGCGAUGCUGCUGAUUCAAAUGGUCAAGUGGUUCCUAGAGUUGGAGUUAACUAAAAUGCUAGUGACACUUGCAGUGUGUGCCGUCCCUGUGAUCCUGCGGCUUUGGACUCGAUUUAGCCUCUCCAUUCUAAAUGUCUUUCGUUCCAUCACCCACAGAGGUCCGGUCAAACUGAUCCUCCUGUGCAUCACUACAGUGAUUUUACUCUGCGGCGUCUAUGUCUAUAACGCUGAAGGUCUGAAGGUUUACAACUCCACACUCACCUGGCAGGAGUAUGGUACACUGUGUGGCCCACGAGCCUGGCAGGAUCGCGGCAUGGCUCAAACACAGCUCUUCUGCAGCCAUCUAGAGGGUCAUCGUGUUACCUGGACAGGAAUAUUCCGUCGUAUUCGUGUAGCCGAGAAGGAAAACGGAGCUCAGUCUGUUAUAAACAUGCUACCGGUGUUUAUGGGAGACUGGUUGCGGUGUCUCUACGGUGAGGUGUAUCCGAAGUGUGAACCACAGAAUAAUACGUCUCCAGUUGUGAAUGUCACAGGAGUUGAGAUCCUCAAUGCCACAAUGCUGUUCCUCCAACAAGAAGAGGAUGAGCUCUGUCGGAUAAAGCCUUUUGCUAAACACCAAUGCCACGUUAAACGCUUCGACAGUUACCGUUUUGAGGUGACGGUUGGCAUGCCGGUGGAUGGGGUCACGCAACUUGACGAUCCAGCGGGUGACAUCCUCCUAAUGGGCAGUCACGAGUUUAAACAGGUGUUGCUGAACAUCGAUCCAGGCAGCAUGGUAGAGUUCAGCACAAAGCUGGAAGGAAAGCUGGGUUCAAAACUACCUGCGUUUGAACUGAAAGCCAUACACUGUCUGGACUGCAGCUCGUCAUUGGUGCCUGAGGGACGACAGGUCAAGAUUGAGCGGAACUGGAGGAAAACCAUGCUUAAAGCCAUUAAAUUUGCAUUUGACUUCUUCUUUGCACCCUUUCUCUGUGCUAGGAUCAAUGUUUAAAGGGGAAAUAUCAUGAAAAUCUGAAUUUUUCCAUGUUUAAGUGCUAUAAAUGGAUCCCCGGUGCACCUACCAACUCAGAAAACGCACGUUUCCACCCAUGGCACCGCCAUUGUGUUUUCACAUGCGACAACGGUGUACCUGAUCUAACACCAUGGCAAAAGUUCAAGCAAAGUAUGCUAACUGUUCUGUCAUUGGCUGCACAGACGAGCACAGAAUGCUAUUUAGAGUCCCGGCCUUAGAGGGGACAAGAGAGCAGUAAUUUAUUGAUUUAUUUACUGUAUAUUAUACGAUUUCUUUUGGGCGGAGAGCAGCAGCUUAUUUGCAUUUAAAGAGAAAGGUACAAAAACAGCAUGUUUCUGCUUUCACUCAAAAUAGGCAUUUUCAAAAUUAUAGAAUAAAUUAUCUAUGGAGUAUUUUGUGCUAAAACUUCACAGACACAUUCUGGAGACACCUGGGAUGUAUAUUGCAUGUUGUAAAAGGGGAAUAAUAGGUCUCCUUAAAAUGUAAAGCAGCAAGGUCAUUGGCUGCUUAUAUGCAACAUGAACCAAUCAGCUUGUGCCAAGUAGUUUAAAGCUGUGAAUAUCAUCAGUUUGUGUUAAGGAUCCAUCAGCCUGUGCCAUCUAGAGUUUCAUGACAGAAUUUGGCAUUUCUGUUUUCAUUUGUACAUUAUAAAAUGCUAAAAGUUAAUGUAAACACUUUUUAAAGACAAUUAAUUCUGUCAUUAUUUACAGAUGUUAUUAAUUAAUAAUUUAUCCAUUAAGUGUUUUUUAACUGCCCUCAUUCCACAGAUUAACCAUGCUUUUUUUUUUUUUUUU